CAUCAGAUAAGCAUAUUUAUUAUUGUUCUCUAUUAUAUAAAUAUUGCCUCUCCAUUGUAAUAUAAACAAAUACAUCAUGGUGUUUACUAGUAGAAACAUUCAAAAUAACUUUAUAGAAAGUCUUAGAGUGUGGUUUUAACGUUUCCUUUAGAUUCCUGCUCCAUCGUUGCUUUUUACUUGCGAAGCUGUGCUAGAGAAUACAACCGAUUCAGAAGGAUUGCUUAUACCUUUUUCAUUUCAUACGUUUACAUUUCUCUUUAUCCUAAAACCUUGACCAAUUUCUCAUUAUACCGAUGCUUUACUUAUUUAUCUUGAUCUUCGCUACAUACUAAAAUCAACCUUUGUUUACAUGAAGUUACAUGAACAUAGGAUUGCACCUUCUCGCAGAAUUUUUAAUAUAAGAAUAGAAAACACUGAAACAACUGUAGAACGUACACUCAUAUUCGCUUAUGAUUCAUUGUCUUCGAGCCAAACGUUCGUGAAGUUCUGCUCCUAGUUUACACAUGUUGUUACUGAACACAAUGAAAGAAGAACACAUAUGAAGCAAUUUAUUUUCCUACAGAAUAAAAUUAUAACGACUAGGACGUUUGACCUGUAAAUCAGUUAAUAUCGAAUAUACUUGUUCGGAAUUGGUACACAAGUCAAAGAUGAAGUGAUAUCAAUUUCAAACUUUUUAAAACGUAUUUCCUAUAAAGGAAAGCAAGGAUUAUUUAUCUUCCACGAAACGUGUCAGUCAUUUUUGUGCUGUUCAUUUAUCUAUGGACCACGCAGAGCAGAGCCGCUUACUGGGGUACUUUGGUAAUUCAUUUAAACUGCAUAUAUACCUUAGCUUUCUUUUGUAUCCAUCCUUUACGGUACAACAAAAAUAAUUUAUGGAAUACGACGAAGAAGAAGAAAAAAUCUUAAAGCAAGUGUUAAGUGCAUUCUUUUUAUAUCGACAAUAUGGACAUACCCUAAUUCAACAAAAACGAAAGUUUAUGUCUCAACUUUCCUUUGAUCAUAAAGAUUUAUUGUUACAAGAUACCGAUAAUAACUUUUUGAAGCAUUUAUCCAGACUUGAUGAUUGUGUGAAGCAAAAUAGCGUUGUUGCAGAAGCAAUUGCCAAAGCAGGAAUACCUGUAUUUUAUCCUAGCUUUGACGUAAAUAAUCUUCCCCAUGUAUCUAAUGAAAUGAUGCAGAAGGUUUCGAGCACUUUGAAACAACUUACCCGUGACUGGAGUGAAGAAUCCGUGGAUGAAAGACAGGCAACGUAUGUGCCAAUUCUCCAAGAGUUGGAUUCUUUAUUUCCGUUGGACUCGAACGAUCGUUCUCAAAUUCAUAUUCUAGUUCCUGGAUCAGGCUUAGGACGCUUAGCCUUUGAUAUUGCCGCUAAAGGAUUCUCUUGUCAGGGAAAUGAAUUUUCUUAUUUCAUGCUACUAACUUCGUACUACAUGCUUAAUUGCGUGUCUUCAACUAGUGAGUUUGCUAUUCAUCCUUAUAUACAUUCCUUUUCCAACCAUGUUACUAGAGAUCAUCAGGCAGAAAAGGUAGCCAUUCCGGAUGUGGUGCCCGCUGAGUACCUUAAUCAUGGAGCCUUCUUUUCAAUGGCUGCUGGUGAUUUUUUAGAAGUAUACGGAGACAAGACGAGUGAAAAUAGAUUCCAUGUUGUCGUCACAUGCUUCUUCAUCGAUACUGCCAAAAAUGUGUUGAGUUACUUGGAUGUCAUUAAAAACUGUCUAGUAGAUGGGGGUUACUGGAUUAAUAUGGGUCCUUUGCUUUAUCACUUUGAAAACGACUGUGCCUCUCAGCAUGAAAACCCAACCAUUGAACUAACACUAGAUCAACUCUUUUACGCCAUGGAUUCGAUGGGCUUCAACGUAUUAAAACAUGAAUCUACCACUACUAGUUAUAUGGGAGACAAGCGAAGCAUGCUGGAAUGGAUAUAUCACCCACAUUUUUGGGUGAGUCGCAUCCAAAAGGCAAACCUGCAACAAUUUGUAGCAUAAACAAUUGUUUCCAUGACGAGUUAUCUAUAGUAAUGUAUUAGGGCUUCAUUUUCUUUAAAACAACUACUGUUGCUAUCUUUAUGGUAUUAUACUAUAAUUCCCAUUCGUUCUUUAUGAAAAUGUGGACGAUACCUUAUAGCUUCAGCUUCCUAUAGACAAGGGUUGGUCAUAACAAUUUAUUUGUUAAAAAUCAAAAAACAGCAUACAUGUUACAUAAACAUCAUAAUUAAAGGGCCUUGUUCAUAAAACGUCUCUUGCUAAAGCAAGUCCACCAUUUGCUAGGUUGCGUCUUUUCUGUUGCAUAAACGUGAGACAAGAGACGGAAAGCCAAUUCUUGGCGGAAUUGAGUCAGGUAGCUACGCAUCAAUUCUAUAAAGGAGGUUAGUCAUCAAAUGAUACAGCAUUUCAUGAAGAUUAGUAGCGAGACAACAUACCAGAAUCCUGAGGAGAGACAGGAGGAGAAUAUAGAGCAUUCAAAGGAAACCCAGGAGAGCCAGGAAUGGAAAAGUUCUCUAGAGCAAGACUGUUCAAAUGACGUUCAGCAUCACGAUAGCUCAUUCCGGUCAAUUUCCCAAGGCAUUCACUAAUAAAGAGAGUUCCAUAAAUGAGAGUACGAUCAGCAGGACCUUUGAUUUCAAAAUUACGAAAGAAGCAGUUUGCACGAAAAAGAGUAAUACACUCAUCAAUGAUAUCCAUUUGAUUCGCGUCGGCUAUACAAAUAGUUAGCAUCUUAACAGACAAUUCCUAACAAAGCGAACAAAAAAGGUAUUUUUAGAAAGCUUACCUGGAUAAGCAGGGCCACGGAAUUUUGUUUUUAACGGCAACAUCGCCAAGUUGCCGGUAGUUGGAACAUUAGGAAUGCUCAAAAAAGAAGAAUGAUAAGCCUAUAACAUUUGUUAAAAACAUGACAAGGAAAAUGCAGGCUUACGGGCAUUGUCUAUUCUUUGGAGUAUGUCUCUAGUCAAGUUACUUUGGCAAUGUUGAAACAGUAAAGAAUAACCUCUCCGAUAAGAUUAUUUCGUCAGCGUCUGGCUUUUAUAAGUUUAUAUCGAGUUGUAUAUAAUGCUAACGAGAUUAUGUUUAUAUUCUUCAUAUGCUAUUUAAUUAAAACAGUAUAACGGGUGGG